GUCAUCAGUCAUGUGAUGUCAACAAGCGGAAUGGCCGAGAAGGAAGAGGAGCAGAAUAGAGAAAGUAAAAAUGCCGAAGAAACCGUGGCAGUAACAGUUCAAAAUGGUCAACUUUCCUUCAUGGGUUAUGACUGUGACAGAAUUCCUGACCAUCUCGCCAAAUCAUAUGGUGCUGUGACAAGGACAUUAGACUUAAGCUUUAAUAGAAUCAGUACUCUGGAUGGACUAGAAAAUUUUCCAAAUUUAGAAGAACUUAUCUUGGACAACAAUGAAGUUGAUGACAGCAUUAAUAUCCCACAGAUGACAAAACUUCAUACAAUCAGCCUAAAUAAGAACAGAAUAUCAGAUUUAGAAAGCCUUCUGGAACAAAUCAACAAGAAUUGCCCCUCACUAACAUUCCUCAGUUUACUAGGAAAUGUGGCAUGCCCAAAUCAGCUGUCAAGUUUAGACAAGGAUGAUGACGAUUACAGGAGAUACAGAAUGUAUGUAUUGUAUCGUGUACCUCGUCUAAAGUUUCUGGACUCAUCACCAGUCAAAGAAGCAGAACGGGCUGAAGCAAAGAGGCAAGGUGCCUUCUUGAGUGUUGUUCGUCCAGCAGAUACAGAGGAUGAUAACCCAGAUAUGGAAAGUCCUACAGCAUCACAGUACACACCCCUCUCUACAUCCCUGAGAGAGGGAGGGGGGAAAGGAGGUGUCCUUGGAGUUAGCAAGUAUGUGUACUAUGGGAGGCAUUCAGAGGGUAACAGAUUUAUCAAAAACAACGACUUAUGAAGACUUGUGCAAUUAAGUUGAAAGAUGAACAGUUUUGAAAAUAUAUAAUCUGACCAACAGAUUGAUUCAUUCUGAAGAGGGUCAAGUUGAAAUGCUGAUAAACUUGUUUUGCGUUGAGUGUACUUAAAAACAUGAAUCAAAUUAGUGCCUAAUGAAUCAUUGUCAGUUUCCAUCUUAUAGGAAAAAAUAGUUUUUUUUUACAUUAUUAAAGCUUUGUCUUUUUUUAGUGCAACCAAAUAAACAGUUGCUUUGCUUUAAGAUAAAAAGUUUUGUACAACUAAAAAACUCAAAAGUUUUAAGUAAGGUAAUACUUAAGAUACUUUGUGCUUUGAAACAAUAACAUGCACUGUACAUAUACACAUUUUUGUACUUUGUACUGUAAAAUUUUUUUCAUUUGCUUGGUAUCAGUGGGUGCGGUAUGUGCUGAUGGUGUCUUCACAUCAUUAUGUAACCAAGGAGAGCUUUGCAAUCUAAAUAAACUUAGGUCAAAUGAGUUUA